GUUUAUUUACUUCUGAGCGUCGGUUACAUUUUACCCUUCUCCAAACUCCACUCUCAGAAUCCGUAGCGAAAACAAUUUGGCUAUCAUGGAUUUUGUAAUCGUCUUUCUUUAUAUUUCUUGUGAUUUUGCUCAACAAAAUCAUCCUCCUCAAUCUUACUGACCAGUGAGAGGAAGCAGUAGAUCGUUAUCAGCAAGAGAAAAUAUGUCGACAUUGAUGAACAUUAGUAUUAAUAAUCUCCCCGAGUCCGUAUUGGUUGAAAUUCUUUGUCGACUUCCUUGCGCUAAUUUCAUUUUUCAAUGCAAGUGCGUGUGCAAGCGUUGGUUCACUCUCAUCUCCAGCCGUCAUUUUGUUAACCGCUUUUUGCGUCUGCAAAUUGAUAACAAAAUGCCGGUGGUACGCACUUUGAUAAACCGCAAUGGGGAGGAAUUCCUUAACAGAAUUCAGCCCUCUUCGGAAGUGAUACCUCAUAUGUUGAAAAGGCUCCAGAGUUUGCACGGUUUGAGAAGAGAGCCAGUUGUGGUAGCCACUUACAAUGACUUGAUUUUGUGCUCUAAUACCUUGUUUGAUCAAACUGAAUACUACAUCUGCAAUCCAUACACCACGCAAUGGGUUGCUCUUCCUCGCCCCCGUUGGGGACGCGACACCAUAGGCACCAUGCCGGUGGGACUCAUCUGCGACGGUCCUUACUAUAAGGAGGACGGCCAGAAUGACAUUGUGGAGCUUAAUGAUAACUAUAGGUACAAGGUUGUGAGAAUUCUUCAUCCUAAUGAUGAAUUUAACUUUGAUCCUGAUGGAUAUUUCUACAACUUCAAGGUGGAGAUUUUCUCUUCAGAGACAGGCAAAUGGAGAGAGUUAGUUGUAUCAUCCCCACAGGGAAUUAUAUAUGACACUCUCGAUUAUAUGGCCUUUGUGUACAAUGGAGUUUUGUACUGGUCGGGUCACCGUGAUGGCUGUUUUCUGGUUCUUGGUUUGGAUCCGUUUGCUGACCAGGAAUGUAGUUUCACUGUAUUUGAUUACCCUGAAGACGAGAAUUUUGUAGUGGAGUGCCCAAGCGUAUCUGGAGGGGUUGUGCGGAUGAGUGACUUUCACAGAGAUACCAGAACUCUGUAUGUUUGGGAUUUGAAAGAACAAGAUGAUGAUUCUGUGGCUGAGGGCGGUAGCAAAUUGUGUUUGAGCAAACAGGAGGUUUAUUCCUUAGAUCAAGAAAUGUAUCCGGAUGAUGCACAAGUCGUUCAGAGGCUAAAUUUCGACCCAAAUGACGAGGACAUUUUUUAUCUAGAGGUGGAUGGAGAUAUCAUCAUGUGCAACAUUCGUACAAGAAAGUGGUCAAAGAUUGUGGAAAACACUACACUCGAUCAACCUUUGUGGUUCUACUUGUUCGUCCUCCCGUGGUGGCCAACACCAAUUCCUAGCCUACGACAGCCGGCCUCAGCUAGAGAAUAGCAGAGGAACUAUGAGGACUAUUAAAGUACUAGACUCUUACUUGUAGUAGUUUUCCGCAAGGCGACUUGUUUCUUUUAAGAAGUGAAGUGUGACCGGCUUGCUGUGAAUUUCAGUUAUUCCCUUAUUAUCCGCACUAGUUAUUGUUUGCAGGAAUGUUAACAUCAGUUAAAUCUGUGAAUCUUCUUGCUU